AUGACUGAAAUCAAGAACACGGAUGUGGGUCUGAAUCAAGAGAAUGGGGAGCCAAAGCCUCAACAACAAUCUCCUGAAGAACUGCCUGAGCUUGGCUCAUCAGAUCUCAUUAGUGGCAACCAGGUAGAUGAGGUCAGCCAAGUACAAUCUGAUUCUAAUUCUAUUGAUACUAUCACAAAUAUUGAAAAGAAUGAAAUAAAAGAUAAUGUAAUUGAUGAUGAUGUCAAAUUAGAGAUAGAUGUUAAGCCUGAGACGAUCCUAGAUCGUAACAAUUCAGAAUCGGUCGAAGUUGAUGAGCAACAUGAGGACAAGCCUGCCGUGGAAGAGAAAGAUGCCAAUAUUGUUAACAGCACAGAUAUUCACAACGAGAAAGAUGAUGUAAUUGCUGAUGAUGUCGAGCUGGAUGCUAAGGUUGAGGAGCUGCAGCCAUUAACAGAAUCAACUGGAGUUGAUGAGCCAGUCAAGGAAAAUCUCAAUACUGAAAAUGUAGAUAUUUGCAAGAAAAAUGACAGUGGAGAUGUGGGAUCUCCGGAAAAGCUGAAUUUGGAUGGUGAUGAUUCAAUGGAGGAAGAUAUCCUAGAGAGUAAGCAAAUUGAUUCAAAGUUCAGUUCUGAUGAAGUGGGAGACAAAAGUGAGAAAAUUGGAGUAAAAGAAGAUGGUUCUGUGCAUGGUAUGGUGGAGGAUGAAAAUGCUGAUAAGAGCUUUGCUGCAGGUGAAGAUAAAAUGGAGCCUAGUGUGCCUUCCACAAAAAGAAAGCCUUAUGAUCAUGAAGGUUCAGAAAACAGCGAAGUGGUGAAAAGGCAGCGCAGAUGGAAUUCUGAAAGUCUCAAGGUGCCUGAACAAGUAUUACCUAACCAUUCUGCCUCUGCUACACCUAAGGAUGCAUUUCAGACUCUUGCGAAACGCACCUUUUCAAGAUCCGAGUCUAUAGUUAGUCAAGAUUCGCCCAAGGAACGCAUUGUUCCCCCUACAUCGAAUCCUCCAACUACAUCUCUUCGAAUUAAUCAUUUUCUGCGUCCUUUCACGUUAAAGGCCGUGCAAGAACUUCUUGGCCAAACGGGUACAGUUGUUAGUUUUUGGAUGGAUCAGAUCAAAACUCACUGCUAUGUUACAUAUGCAUCUGUGGAAGAAGCUAUAGAGACACGAAAUGCUGUAUGCAACCUACAAUGGCCUGCGUAUGGUGGACGUCUUCUGAUGGCUGACUUUGUGGAUCCACAAGAGGUUAAGAAUCGGGUUGACCCACCUCCACCUUCUUCGGAACCUCCUAUCACCACUAUACCUCCAGCCACCACCAAGCAGCCACCACAGCCCUCACCCAGACAGAAACAACAGCUCCCUCCCCCACCCACCCUUCCACCGCCGCCACCAUUGUCCAAUGCACCACUAGCAAGAGCCCGUGUGCCUCCUGCUCCCGAGAAAAUUGAUCCUCCAAUUGUUACAUUGGAUGAUCUGUUUAAAAAGACGAGAGCCACUCCUCGUAUCUACUACUUACCGCUUUCUGAUGAACAAGUUGCAGCAAAGCUGAAUGCUCAGGGGAAACCUGUGAAGCAUUAGAUUAGUUCAAUGUAAGAUAAUGGUAGUAGUAUGAUAUAAUCACGUGUUUGCAGGUCUGCAGGUGAUGCUAGGAAGGAACUGUUCGAGCAAAGGUGGUCCAUGAGGAGCUAGUUCAGUAAUAUGAACAAGUUUUAUCCAGGCCAAAAUGAGUUUGGAUCUGGAUCUCCUUUUUCUGAGACUUUUUGUUUGAGCGGAGCCAAUUAACAUUUUCUCUA